AUGCAAUCUCAAGCAACAGAGACUGGUAGUGAGCCACACCCGAUCGACACUAAAGGCCUAUGUCUCUUGUCACUGGAUGGGGGUGGUGUGCGGGGCUUAUCGACUCUCUUUAUCCUGAAGAAUAUCAUGGCCGGAGUGAAUCGUCAACGCCAACAAUCGAACUUGCCCGCGGUGAAGCCGUGUGAGAUCUUUGAUUUGAUCGGUGGGACAAGCACAGGCGGCCUUAUCGCCAUUAUGCUUGGCCGUCUGGAAAUGGACGUGGAUGAAUGCAUUACCGCAUACGUAGACCUUAUGCGUACCAUCUUCGAACAUACACUGAAUUCACUACGUUUCAGUUUUACCGGAAAGAUCAAGCCAAAAUUCGACUCAGGGAAGCUGAGGGAUGCAAUCACAAAAGUCGUCGAGCAUCAUGAUGGCAGUGAGACGGGAUUACUUCAUGAUGGGAAAGAAGGUGGAUGUAAAGUGUUUGUCUGUGCUACCGCUAAAGAAACGACCGGGGUUACGCGAUUACGAAGUUAUUCAUCAGAAGGACUUGAUAUCCAUGCGACAAUUUGCGAAGCUGCUCUAGCGACCUCGGCCGCGACAGGAUUCUUCAAGUCUGUGUCAAUCGGGAAACGUCUGUUUGUGGAUGGAGCAUUAGGUGCAAAUAACCCAGUCGAGGAAGUGGAGGGUGAGGCAGCCGAUAUUUGGUGCCCUGACACUAGACAGUUGAAACCUCUUGUCAAGUGCUUCAUUUCCAUCGGAACCGGAAACCCCGGCAAGAAAGAGAUUAAAGACGACAAAGUUUUGAAGUUCUUUAUUCAAACUCUCGUGGGUAUCUCUACCGAAACAGAACAAACUGAACGGAAAUUUAUUGCUCGUUGGGCUAAACAAGUUGAGGAAAGCCGUUUCUUUCGCUUUAACGUGGAGCAAGGGCUCCAGGGGAUUGACCUAGCCGAGUAUUCGGCACAGGGCUUGAUUGAGGCAGCCACUGAUGAGUAUAUUCGGCACCAGAACCAGAGGGUUCGGGUGCGAGAUUGCGUACAGAAUUUGAAGCAGAAAGAAUGUGUGGACCAGGCUAAUAAGUUAGUAGUCUUCGGCACUGCCUUCAAUAAUGUUCCCUUCCCAAGGAAUGCAGGUUUUGUUGGCCGUGGUGGUCAGCUUGCUGAGCUCGAGGAACUGCUGUUCUCCUCAAACCAACAACGCAAGGUCGCUAUCACCGGACUUGGUGGUAUUGGCAAAACACAGGUUGCAAUAGAAAUUGCAUACCGAGCGCAAGCGAGGGAACGAGAAUGCUCUAUUUUUUGGAUUCCAGCAACAAGCUCAGAAGCCCUGGAACGGACAUACCUUCAAAUUGCCCAAAAACUACGAUUGCCAGGACUGGAAGACAACCGAGCAGAUGCUAAGACGCUUCUUCGGGAUUACCUAAAUGACAGAAAGGCUGGACAGUGGCUGCUGAUAUAUGACAAUGCCGAUGACAUUGACAUGUGGUUUGACAAAAGCACAAGCAAUACUGAUCCGCGGGGAUUACACAGCUAUGUCCCAUGGAACAGUAUGGGCAGCGUGCUUUUCACCACGCGCUUCAUGAAGGUCGCCUCGAAAAUUGCAAUGGGAAAUGUGAUCGAAAUCCCGAAUAUGGACAAGGUGAUAGCAAGGGAACUUCUAAGCAAGCGCUUGAGUGACCCACGACUGUUGCGAGAUGUCAAUGCAACGGACUUGCUUCUCAGGCAGCUGACUUUUCUCCCUCUGGCUAUUGUGCAGGCUGCUUCUUAUAUCAACGAGAACUCCUUAGCUGCAUUGUCGGACUAUCUAUCGCUGUUGUCGGAACAAGAGAGCGAUGUGAUUGAUCUGUUAAGCGAGGAUUUUCAUGAUGAUUGGCGAACUUGGGAGACAAAGAAUCCUGUGGCCACAACAUGGCUUAUAUCCUUCGAGCGAAUACAGAGUGCCUCAUCAUUAGCGGCUGAAAUUUUGUCGUUCAUGGCCUGUAUAGAGCCGAUGGGAAUCCCAAAGUCGCUUUUGCCGCAAGCAGAAUCCAAAAAGGAAUGGAUGGAAGCCGUCGGGGUCUUAAAGGCGUACUCAUUCGUGAGCGACAGGGCUGGAAAUGAGAUUUUCGACCUCCACCGGCUUGUCCAUCUUGCGAUGCGCAACUGGCUAAAGAGAGAUGGCAAAUUAUCAGAUUGGGCCAUCAAAACCGUCACAAGGAUAGAGAGUGUCUUUCCUGACGACGAUUAUAGGAACCGUGGUGUAUGGAGCGCAUAUAUGCCUCAUGCCCUAAUUCUGCUCAAAAGUGCCGAUCCCAAUGGCUCAAAUAAAAGCCACAAACUACUUGAGAAAGUUUCAGAGUGUCUUAUGGCCGACGGUCGGGCUAGGGAGGCAUUGGGGGAAAGGCAGCUCGAACAAGAGCACCCUGCCCGUCUAGCGUCCCGGCAUGAGCUCGCGCGGGCAUACCAAGCUAACGGCCAGAUCGGCGAGGCCGUACAGCUCCUCGAGGAGGUAGUUGCGGUACAAGAGGGUAUUCUAGCGAAAGAGCACCCUGCCCGUCUAGCGUCCCGGCAUGAGCUCGCGGGGGCAUACCAAGCUAACGGCCGGAUCGGCGAGGCCGUGCAGCUCCUCGAGGAGGUAGUUACGGUACAAGAGGGUAUUCUAGCGAAAGAGCACCCUGCCCGUCUAGCGUCCCGGCAUGUGCUCGCGGGGGUAUACCAAGCUAACGGCCAGAUCGGCGAGGCCGUACAGCUCCUCGAGGAGGUAGUUGCGGUACAAGAGGGUAUCCUAGCGAAAGAGCACCCUGCCCGUCUAGCGUCCCGGCAUGCGCUCGCGGGGGCAUACCAAGCUAACGGCCAGAUCGGCGAGGCCGUGCAGCUCCUCGAGGAGGUAGUUACGCGUCCCGGCAUGUGCUCGCGGGGGGCAUACCAAGCUAACGGCCAGAUCGGCGAGGCCGUUCAGCUCCUUGAGGAGCGUCCCGGCAUGCGCUCGCGGGGGGCAUACCAAGCUAACGGCCAGAUCGGCGAGGCCGUACAGCUACUCGAGGAGGUAGUUACGGUACAAGAGGGUAUCCUAGCGAAAGAGCACCCUAGCCGACUAGCGUCCCGGCAUGAGCUCGCGGGGGUAUACCAAGCUAACGGCCAGAUCGGCGAGGCCGUUCAGCUCCUCGAGGAGGUAGUUGCGGUGCGAGAGGGUAUCCUAGCGAAAGAGCACCCUGACCGUCUAGCGUCCCGGCAUGCGCUCGCGCGGGCAUACCAAGCUAACGGCCAGAUCGGCGAGGCCGUGCAGCUACUCGAGGAGGUGGUUGCGGUAGAAGAGGGUAUCCUAGCGAAAGAGCACCCUAACCGUCUAGCGUCCCGGCAUGAGCUCGCGCGGGCAUACCAAGCUAACGGCCAGAUCGGCGAGGCCGUACAGCUGCUCGAGGAGGUGGUUGCGGUACGAGAGGGUAUCCUAGCGAAAGAGCACCCUACCCGUCUAGCGUCCCGGUAUACGCUCGCGCGGGCAUACCAAGCUAACGGCCAGAUCGGCGAGGCCGUACAGCUGCUCGAGGAGGUAGUUGCGGUAGAAGAGGGUAUCCUAGCGAAAGAGCACCCUACCCGUCUAGCGUCCCGGUAUGCGCUCGCGGGGGCAUACCAAGGGGGCAUACCAAGCUAA